GCACGCUUUACAAUCUGCAAUUGAUUAGUCGUCCUGGGAAGCUAGGGAAAUGAAAGCUAACACGUGGAAAUAGUGAUUUGCUGUAUUUUGUUUCUACUUCAGGGAGGUUUAGUGCCUUAUUGAACCGUGCCUGGUCAACAGCGACUCCGUAUAAUUCUCUGAAGGUGACAAUUACCUCUCAGCUGCCUGGUGAGCUGGUUUAAUCCGCUAUAUUAUGGCGGACAACGUAGACGAUGAUUCUCUAUACAGAAUUAAAGAGGGUGACUACGUUGUUUUGAAACGAGGAGAUAUCUUCAAAGCUGUGCAAAUUCAACAGAAGAAGAAGGUGGCUUUUGAGAAGCAGUGGUUCUUCCUGGAUAAUGUUGUGGGACAGUUGUAUAGCACCACAUUUGAAAUUGUGUCUGGAGGGAUCCUGCAGCCACGGAAGCCCAAGGACACAGAGAGCUCCACCGAUGCAAAGGGGGCAGGUACAGACAACAGAAACAUUGUUGACGAUGGAAAAUCACAGAAGUUGACCAGGGAUGACAUUGAGACGCUCAAAGAGCAAGGUCUGAAGGGUCAGGAAAUCAUUCAGCAGCUUAUAGAGAACAGCUCAACAUUCAAAAAUAAGACUGAAUAUGCCCAGGAUAAGUACAUCAAGAAGAAGAAGAAGAAGUAUGAAAAUACUGUGAUGAUUCUAAAACCGUCCUGUCGCAUCCUGGCUAUGAUGUACCACGGCCGGGAACCAGGGAAGAUCUGCCACCUGCGGUACGACACUCUUGCCCAGAUGUUGACUCUGGCAAACAUCCACGCUGGCAGUAAAGUGUUGGUGUUUGAGACUUGUGCUGGCCUCGUGCUGGGAUCCGUCAUGGAAAGAAUGGGGGGCUAUGGCUCAGUGAUCCAAAUGUACCCAGGAGGUGGGCCUGUUCGGGCGGGUGUGGAGAGCUUUGGCUUCCCUUCACAUUUUCACGAUAUGCUGCAUGAGUUUCCCAUCUGCCAUGUCAAUGCUCUGCUGGCAGGCACUCUGGACACUACUGCCAAAGAUCCCAGUGCUGAUUCAAAGCAGUCCAACAUGGCUGCAAAGGAGGAGCAAAACCAGCCUGAGGCGGAGCGGCAGGGCAGUCCAGAGGAACAGAGCAUGGAGACAAACAGUGGCGCUGAUGGUAGCCAUGACCCCAAGAAAGAAGAGGAGGAGAAACGCAGGGAAGCCAAAGCUGAGGAGAGAAAGGUGAAGCAGGAGGAGAAACGGAAGAAGCUAGCAGCUGCUGCUGCCCUGCUGGAAAGCAGGAAUGCCGACGGGUUGGUCAUAGCCAGCCGGUUUAACCCAUGUCCAGUCCUAAUGGGCCUGCUCAAAUUCCUCUCUCCCUCCAGGCCUUUUGUAGUCUACUCCCAAUACAAAGAGUCUCUUAUCGAGUGCUACACAAAACUCAAGGAACACGGCGGCACGGUCAACCUGAAACUCACAGACACCUGGCUCAGACAUUACCAGGUGUUGCCUAACAGGACACAUCCUGUGCUACUGAUGAGCGGGGGCGGGGGCUACCUCCUCUCAGGAACAACGGUUGCUGCGGACCAUUCCAAACCUUCAAGCUCCCGGCAAGAUGGGGAACCAGCGGAAAAGAGACAGAAAGUGACAGACACUGAAGGAUGAGCAAACACCGCGGCAUCAAAUCUUUUAAGGGCACAUUACCAAUGACCUGUAGGGGUUUUUCCUCCAGCAUUGACUUCUCUUUCUGCUGAACUGAUUUGACACAUCUGAAAUAAGGGAGACGGAGUGUCUGGUUUGCAUUCAUCAGAUUACUUUCUCCCGUCUUGUGUAUUCAGAUCAGUGCAGAGGAAGGCGUAAUGCGGAGGAGAAAACUUUCAGCCAGUUAAGGGCAGUAUGAGCUCAGUGUAUGUGUUGCGUAAGGAACUGCUGAAAUGAUCUUUCUUGUGUUGAGAGUAAGUGACAGAGUUGUGUCUUAUGCCUCUAGACCAGGUGUACAAACAUUUUAUUUUCUAAUUAAAGCUCUCCAGCUAUUAGUUUAUACAUUUUUUUAAUUUUGUAAUCCCUUCUGAAAGUGCCAUUUGUUUUAUGAUCCAGCUGGGUUACAUCUGUAUCUGCACAGAAUAAAAAAUAAAGCAGCACUCAAUGUGUGAAGACUGAACAAACUCUUCAGAACACGA